AUGGGUCGCAAAAAAACGAGAAGAUCACAGAUCAAAUCAUUGAAGUCCAGAUUCAGAAUGGAAACACGUUUUAACUGUCCCCGAUGUAACAACGAGCAGGCUGUGAGGUGCACAGUGGAACGUAGCACAGGAAUAGGAGUUGCGUACUGUACGCUAUGCGAAGCAAAGUACAAGUGUAGAAGUAAUAAUUUGACAACACCGAUUGACGUUUAUUCGUCAUGGAUUGAUGAAAUAGACAAAUAAAUUUAUGAUUUAACAUUGGUUUCGGGUUUGCAUCUUGUAAAUGAUUCGAUAUCGCC